AUGGAGACGAUGCAGAACGGACAAGCUACAGAGGAGGCCGCAGCAGCUCGGGACGGCUCUGUUUGCGGAUACAAGUCGCUCCAUCGCCUCCUCCGCCACGAUCUCAACCCCCAAGUCUUUCAGGAAGUCAGUCGUUUACAUAUUGGAUUGAAUUGUGUAAGGACUCUUCAAGUUGAUCCUCUGGCGGAUUCUGCAAAAGCUCUCUCAUCUGAAUGUAACUUUGACAUACAGGCAUUUCGCUUUACGGCAGACAAGGAGGAAUUAAGAGAACCACGAGUUGUCAAAGUUGGGCUUAUUCAAAACUCUAUAGUUCUUCCCACAACUACUUCCUUUCUAGAUCACAAUAGAAUGAAAGACGCUGCUGGUGCUUUAGGAGUGAACAUCUUAUGCUUGCAUGAAGUGUGGAUGAUGCCAUUUGCCUUUUGCACAAGAGAGAAGAGGCGGCGUGAGAACAUGUUCAUUGUCAAUCCUAUCGUUGAGAGGGAUCGCUGCCAUUGCCAACAGUUCAUUGAUCGGGUAGGAACAGAAUCAUUUUCCAAUCUGUUCACAUCGGGCGACGGGAAGCCACAGCAAGCUGAUUUCGGGCACUUUUAUGGAUCCAGUCACUUUUCAGCUCCAGAUCCUCUGUGCACACGCCCCCACAGAGAUGGAUCGGUGGUCUAA